AUGAAGUUCUCACUUGCUACUGCUACUUUAGGAUUAAUCGCUAUUGCUCAAGCUACCUUGACACCUUAUUCUGGUUAUUCUGGCUAUUCUGGAGGCGAUGACGAUAAAUAUAGACAUGGAAAAUCUGGUAUUGAAACUUUGAGAGGAAAAUUUGCGUUAGCUGUCAAGGAAUUACUGGGAUAUGAGCAUGGUAAACACAAAGAUAGAGAUUUGCACAUUGUUUAUGAAAUUGAUGAUGGUCAAUUACAAUAUGGUGACAGAAAAGAUUACAUCUAUUAUCCAUAUAGAAAUGAAAACAGCGAAGAGGAAUGUUCAGACGAAGAUGACGACCAUCACAAGAAAAAGAAGAGACCACACAGACAUGGUGGCAAGUCUGAUGAUGACGACGAUGACAAAAAGUGGAAACGUGGUGGUGACUACAGUGAUGACAAUGAUAAUGACAGUGAUGAUGAUCUCAGAUUCCUUACAAUUAGCUACAAUGAUAAAUACGAUUUCUUUACUUUGAAGAAUACUGUCUUACACGAUGAAAAAGGUGCUACUGGUGAAAUUGUUGCUAACCAUCAAUUCCAAUUUGAUAAACCACCUCAAAAGGAUGCAUUAUAUGAUAAAGGUUUUACUAUCGUUGAAAAAGAUGAUUAUUAUGUGUUGGCUUUGAAAGGUAAAACCAAGUUCUGGAAUUCUGCUGUUGACGAUAAAGGUGCUUUCAAGAUUUAUGAUGAAAAAAUUAAUGAAAACAGUAAACCUAUCGAGCUUAUUAUUUUGAAGGUUGAAAAACAUGGUAAGAAAUAUUAA